AUGAAACCGACGACGACAAAUCUCAUCGCGACCGGAUCAAUAGCCUUCCGGGGCGUCCCAUCAACGCUUCGACCUUUCCAUGUCUCGAGAUACUAUGCGACACAACAAGGCUUAGGGGCAGCGCCUCAAGGCUCCAAAUCGAAGCGAAGAGCAGUGACACCGUUCAACGAUAAUGGAUAUGUACCUUGGACAGAGCUCUCGGUGGGAGAGAAGGCGGUGAGAGCGACGCAGCAGAGCUUCAACUUUGGCAUGAUCCUGGUUGGCCUCGUCCUCACUGGCGGUGUAGGAUAUUUCCUCUGGACAGACGUCUUCUCCCCUGAUAGCAAGAUCUCCAACUUCAACCGCGCAGUUGACAAGAUCAAACGUGACCCUCGUAUAAUCGAACUCAUGGGCGACUCCAAGAAGAUUACAGCACAUGGAGACGAGACAUUCAAUAAGUGGAGGAGGGCGCGUCCUGUUGCAUCUACGGAAACGACAGAUGCUCGGGGGGACCAGCAUAUAAUGAUGCAUUUCUAUGUUGAUGGGCCCAAGAACAACGGUAUUGCACGGCUUCAUAUGGUCAAAUACCGCGGCCAUAGUGACUUUGAAUACAAAUAUCUCUUUGUCGACAUCAGAGGUCACGACAGAAUCUAUCUCGAGCAAGAGGAUACAACAUCUUCCAAGGGUGGCAAGAAACUCAGCUUCUUUGGAGUGAAGUGGUAA